AUGAGGCGAGCAAGAUUGAGAAAGCCUCCAGACCCGACGACAACAACAGCAAGGCGGUGCGAGACUGAAAAAAAAAACCGAGCACACCGAAGUCCCGUCUGGAUGAGGUCCCCUCUGGAUACUGCCGAUGGCCCUGGGCAACCAGUGUUGCACCAGCUUCAGCUUGAAAGCCCACCAGCGAACUUUUUCCAAUCUUCACGCAUCAACAAGGGCCUUUGUGAGUUGAAUUGCGCAACAUGGUAG